CCGCUCUUCUCUCCUCCUGCUGCCCGUACAGCUUCAUUGGCUUCGUUCAAUAAUACAAUAACGACCUUCCUCCGCUCCUUCCUUAUUUCCUCCCAUCUUUCCUUCCCCCCAUCCUCAACCGCCCCUUCCCUUCGCGGAUUUGCACUCACGUUCAACGCCCUUCACCUCCAUCUUCAAUACCUGCAUUAACUUUAAUCAAAUCUACCCUCUAUUCCCCCUUAAACGUUCACAUCUCCCCCAUCCUUCUUCUCCUUUCCUUCACGAACACAUCCUCGCUACGUUUACAUUUUCGACACAUAUAAUCUCAACCGGACCGAAGGCAUGAGUGCUUCACCCAUCGCAACAAAUAUCGGGCUCGAAGAGGUCGUAGGCUCGCUCCUAACAGGCGCUUCCAUGAUCCUGACAAUCCACUCACUCUCCCGCAUGAUCUUCUUGCGUCGGACAGGGUCCAAAUACCACCUCUUCCCCGUCAUCAAUGUCGCACAGUUCAUCAACCAGCUGUGCAUCUUCUUCCUCAUCACCACGGCCUUUAAUACCAUAUCCUUCCGCUCUGCCCUCUGGCUAAACGUAAUCAACAAUUUCGCCUACUUUGUCACCAAACCGACCACUAUGUAUCUGGCCUACCUCAGGUGUUCAGCAGUCUAUCCCAAAUUCAAAAAAUUCGCAUGGCUCCACUACUUUCUGAUCGUGUCCCGGGGGGUGGAGUUGUUUGGGAUAGUGGUCAUCAAUAUCAUCCAAAACAAUGAUUGCGAUGGGUCCGUCGCCAAGGGGACCAAGUGCGAGAACCUGGCUAUCGCCUGGACGUUCCGAGAUGCAGGAGCACCCAUCUUUCGAUUCUACUACAUCCUCUGCGAGGGCAUCUUUUACGUAACACUGUUCCGGACGCUCAAGGGAAUGAGUCAGGGCAAGAAUCUACAGCUAAUUCAGUACCGUCGGUUGCAGACGACCCUGUUCACAGUGGACCUGGCACUGCUGAUCUUCAUGUCGAUCUAUCGGAUCUUCGGCAUUUUCGACAAGGACUUGCCGACUUAUGUGUAUUACGAGCUGUUAUCGUCCACGCUGACCAUCUUCAACCUGACCGAGUUUGGGCUGAACAUCCGUAUUUUAUUCAACACGGUGACGGACGCCAAGAGCGCCUCCCAGAGCGGAUCAGACAGUCCAAGUAAACUCGAGAUGGGAUCCAUCCACCACUCUACCGAACAGAACCCAGUGGCGAGCACGACCUUGGCUAAUGGGAUCUCGGGUAAUAUGAACGUCCGAAGCGCCGAAAACAGUCCUCAUUCUGCCACGAGAUACAGCUCAACUUCGCCAUUGACCUCCUUCGCUGCUGAGACCGGGUACAACAACGAUUUUGAUCCCUACUCGCGCACACAACCCUUUUCGACAGUGUCCUCCUCCUUCCACCGCCCGUCCUCUCCUCGAGUGACUAGACCUAGCAGCCCUCUCCAUGGUGAGCACAACGACUAUCUUCCCUACAACGCGUCAGCAGGGACAAGAGAGUCGGUCUCUCGCCAAGACAAGUACAUUAUCACACCAGCCAAUUUCCAGCGCCAGGCCCAAAGUGGGUUUUAUGAGGGGGUUACGAGCAACGCAGAAGCAGACGCAAGUCCAAGCGCGGACGAGAGAAGGAGCAGUGGUAAUGGAGGUAUUUCACGUCCAACACGCGCACUGGCGCCUCCAGAACGGUCGGCAGCGCGUCGUUAAAUAGCAUAACCUUAAUUUUCAAUACCAUCCAGCAUACACAUGCAUCUAUGACCCGCAUACAAAUACAUCCCUGUAAAACACGCCGCACUCAAAAGCAAGUGCACGAUAAUUGACAAACAGCCGAUUGGUAUCCCC